CGCGUGGCAAGUCCAGGAAUUUCUUCUCUGGGCCUUUGAUCGGCUGAGUACUUCUGUGUGAACGAGACCAACCAUUUCGAGCGAGACAUCAGACUCAGUGGUUUGUGAUACUUCUCUCAUAUCGACUGAUUGUUGCGAUCAGACCUUGGAUUGAGAGGUGGUGGUUGUGAAGACGAAGAACGACGAUGUAUUCCAAAGCACUUCUCCUCUCGCUCGCCAUUGGCGCAGCACAAGCACAGCGUACGACAUACACUGGAUGUAACAACCGAUCCGAGAAUGGCGUCGAGGUCGAAUACUGCUUUCUCAGUGGUACCCAGACUGCACGAGCCACCUACACUGUCUCCGGCACCGCGACUAUUCCCAUCACGGCGCCCGCGAGCACAACAGCUGCGGCACAGACUACCGCUGUGACGGACUGCCACACACAUUCAACAGAGUUGUUCUGUGUCAAUGGCGCGGGCUCAGAAGUUCAGAUCGAUGUGACGCCCACUGGCGAGAUGCCAGCUGAGUACACGAACUGCCACUCUCACGGUGAUCAGCAAUACUGCGUUGAUCCAGAAGGCGAGGACGUGCUUGUUCUUGCUGCCGCUACUACAGGCUCUCCAUCAGCAGCGGCCACGGGAGAGAGCAAUGCACAUUGCCACGCACACAGCGAUGGCACCCAGCACUGCGAGGAGCACGGAGAUGAAGCUGAAGCCGCAUCUACGGGCGAUGAUACCACCGCGACGAACUGCCACGCUCACGACGGCGAGGGUGUGUGGUGCACGUACCAAGGCGAAGAGUACCAGCUCGACCCGGAGCCAACGGGCGAAAUCCCCGAAUCUUACACCGGCUGCCACUCGCAUGGAGAGACUACAUUUUGCUUAGACGCAGCUGGCGAAGAGGUGGCUUUGCUUGCUGCGGGUGCUGCGAGCGAAGAGAACCAACAAUGCCAUUUCCACGCUGGUGUCGAGCACUGCGUUGGCGGGGGCGCCGUGUCUUGUGGACUCAGAGAACGAGACUACGAUAUCGGACUCCGUGUCGGAUCGAUAUUCAUCGUUCUUGUCACAAGUUCGAUCGGUGUCUACGCGCCUAUGUUCUUGAACAAGAUCCCAUUCAUCAGGAACUCCGCCGUCAGCUACAACAUCUUGAUGAUCAUCAAGCAAUUCGGUACCGGAAUCAUUAUCUCCACGGCGUUCAUUCACUUGUACACUCACGCCGACCUAAUGUUCUCCAACGAAUGUAUCGGCGAGCUCGGCUACGAAGCAACGACUUCCGCGGUCGUCAUGGCCGGUAUCUUCAUCUGCUUCUUGAUCGAAUACAUUGGAACCCGCUUCGUCACCUCACGUCAACCAUCAGGUGGAGAACUUCCAGCACACACGGCUAACGUCCGCGGUAAAGGCGAGCACUCUCCCGAAGGCUCAUCAACCGGAGAGAAUCGCGAUGCUUUCCUCGCCAUGGAUCACCAUCACGGAGGAGCGUCAAAUAAUCCACUUUCCGUCGGCGUCAUGGAAGCAGGAAUCAUUUUCCAUUCCGUCUUGAUCGGUCUGACGCUCGUUGUCGCUGGUGAUUCAUUCUACCGUACCCUUUUGGUCGUCAUUGUCUUCCAUCAAUUUUUCGAAGGUUUGGCAUUGGGAGCACGUAUCGCUCUUCUUCCAGGCGCGAUCUUCCCGACCAAAUUUCUCAUGGGACUGGCGUUCGCCCUCAUCACUCCGAUCGGUAUGGCAAUCGGUAUUGGAGUUCUCAACACUUUCAACGGCAACAACCCAGCGACUGUUAUUACUUUCGGCACGCUCGAUGCGUUGUCAGCUGGUGUCUUGGUUUGGGUCGGUGUUGUGGAUAUGUGGGCUCGCGACUGGGUCAUCGAGGGUGGCGAGCUGCUGACUAGCGGUCUCAUUAAGACGCUGGGUGCAGGAUUCGCUCUUAUCACUGGUAUGGUUUUGAUGGGUGUGCUUGGCAAAUGGGCGUAGAGUGAUCAUGAUUUGGUUUUUGGCAUGACAUGAGAUGAGCUAUGACUUGAGACGGAUACCCAUGGACUUGAUGAUAGACAAAAAUUGAUUUCGUGUUUCGUGUGGCUCUUUGAGGCUCUACGAUUACUCUGCAUCGUAUCCUUCUUAUUUCUUUUCCUGAUGUGAAUCCAGCUGUCGUCGGAGAGAUAGCCUGAGGGUGAGUUGCUGUUUCGAUGCAUCGUGCAAGUGGCGUUCUGAAAUCCUUCAACAGCAUUGAAUCGUGACUACUUUAUCCAUUCCUCGAUAUGAUAGCGUAAAGUUUCGCGAACUCUCGAAGUGGCUCGUGGGAUAGGCGUAGAGGUCGAUGCCACCAACAGGUCUCGGACUUGAGUAUGUCGAACGACGCAGCUGGUGUUUCCAUUCCAUGAACGCCGGCUGCUCCACGCGCUCCAUUUCGAUUGCAGUAACUUACACAUUGCCUUGUCCUCAGAGGGACGUCAAUAGUUCUGUCUUCGCGCCCAACAAGGCAAUCCAGAAAGAGUCUCAUUCCAGCGAGGCUCAAGAUCGCGAGGAGAUGUGAUUCCCAAAAUUUCUAGUCACUUCCAGUUCGACUUCGCAAGCCUCGCCAUGGGUCAUUAAUUCUUCUCAAAAUCAAGCUCAAAACCGGUUUCUAUUCGAGCAGAUUCCUCAGGAGUCCCGAUGCGUAUACGCUCUCAAAUCAUACCACUUGCUCGAAACAUUCUUGUUAUGUUUCCUGGUGUCCCCGCGAUGGAAACUAUUCACAGAUCUCGCGUCGGACUCGUACAACUCUCCUUGUCCAGAAAUCUCAGUGACGCUCCGCUCGGGAGCUCUGGCCACCGGACUGACGAGUUGAUAUCGCGCGCUAUCGGAGCUGACGGGCGUGCUGCCCGUUCGUUCCAUCUUGACCCUGGUGUCGGGAGACAAGUAUUGCGUGCUGUAGCCUCCUUCUUCUUGUCGCAUGUACUUGAGGAGUUGUUUUCGCAUUCGCUUCAUGCGCCGGCGCAUGAUUUCCAGUCCGACGAGGGCGCAGAUGAGGAAGACGAAUAAGGCUAGACAGACUCCGAUUGCUGUGUUUCGGAUUGUGGCUUCUUUGAUGCUGAAGUCGUAUGUGGCAUCGGUGCUUGUGGCAGAAGCAGUCGCGCUUGUGGACGACGCCGAUAGACUUGAAGUUAUGCUAGACAUGUUGUGUCCUGUGUUUUAGGAUCCAGCAGAUGUCUGACUCUUUCCUCAAACAAGAGUAGAGUAGAAGCUCUGACGAUAUAUGUAAACCUCACAUAGAGCGAACGUCCAAACCAGAACGAA